AACAACAGAUGUAAACAAUAAUGGCCGACUUUUAGAGUUUUUGUAGAUAGUUCAUUUAUUGUAAACCAAAUAUUGGCGAGAUCUGACAAAUAUGACACUGAAUCCCCUCUCAAACCCUAAAGGGCUUAAACUUUUAUGCGAACUCUGUCAGAAACCAGCAUUUAUCCAAUGUACCUUGUGCAGAGUAACGUAUUACUGUGGUGUAGAGCAUCAAAAAGCAGAUUGGUUGGGAAUUCAUGAAAAGAUAUGUGAAAAUUUAGCACUACUCCGUCAGCCAGCACCAUUUCUACCCUCAGAAGGAGAGAGGGAGAAAAGAGAAAGGGUUUUACUAGAUAAAAAGCGUCAGAUGAUAGACCUAACACGUACAACAGGGCAGAAAUUAUUAUUUGAAGGAAAACAUGAACAAGCAGUACCUGCUGCUAUGCAGUCAUUAAGAUUUGCUAUAGAUGUACAUGGGCUGUCUAGUAUAGAAUUAGUCCCUUCAUAUCUUAUAUUGGGUGAAGCCAGUAUAGGCCUAGGGCGAUUAUCCCAAGCUGAGGAAUAUUUAGCACAGGGUCAGUGGACUGUUUUGAAAACACCAGAAUGUUCCAAUGCCAUCAAAUCAAAACUCUAUAGAAAUCUGGGAUUACUUUAUGCUGCCAAAGGAGAAUAUGACGAAGCAUUAAGAAAUUUAGCAGAUGAUAUCUACCAUGCAUCUGUAGAAUUUGGUACUGAUGAUAUCCGAACAGCAGGUGGAUAUUUCCACAUGGCAAAUGUGUUUUUCCGUCAAGGCAAAAUGGAAAUUGCUGAUUCUCUCUACAGACAGGUAACAGAUAUAUGGUAUAGUCAUUUAGAUGGUAUAGUCAAAUGUAGAACUAGAACACCAGAAACACCCAAGGGAGUUGGACCUGGAGCUGUAGAAGUUAUUGUGGAUGAAGAAGACAAACUAGAUGAAGCCCAGGAAGCAGAAGCUAUUCAAGUUUUAAAUGCUAUUUAUGAUAUGCGUGAACAUCAGACAAACUGUCGAGUUGAUGACUUGGCUCUCAUCUGUCAUGCACUCGCCAUGUUAUAUUUUAUUUUCCAUGAAAUGAAUAAGGCUAAGGAAUAUGGAAGAAAGGCUGUAGUUACAAGCAGUAACAACCCAGAUGAAAACUUUUCACGUAAAAUUGUUGAAUUUAUGAAAAUUUGUGAUAAUGUAAAGUAAAAGAUUUUUAUUUUGUAAAUUUAUACAUAUAUUUUAUUUGUUUUGCUUAUACAGUCAUCAGAGAAUGUAAAUUAAUAAUAUUAUUUGUAAAUAAGAAAGGUAAAAAAAAAUUUCUGCUGGUAUUUUGUUUUCAUAGCGCUGUGAGGUUACAUUAAAUUUGUAUAUCUAGUGCUGUUGUCUGCACUAGUUUUCUCCAUA